AAGACUGGUACUUAAGCACCGCUCGCCAGAAGAUGCGAUCAGUUGUUGAGGAGUCGAGCAGCUGACCAGAUCAACAUGAGGACAUACCAAGUAGUUUGCAUCGUAGCAGUGGCAGCUCUGCUGUUUUUGGAAGCGACUCCCGCGGACGCAAAGCGGCGAAAGCACAAGGGCUCCGAUCAUCACUAUGAAAAGUCUGAUCCCCACAAGACCAAGACGAAGACCAAGUGGUCCAGCUCCACGGAUUUGGCUGGAAACACUCCCAUUUCUACCGAAGAGCACGGUUACUAUGUGAAGCGCACCUUUGCGGCUCCCGGUGAGAUUGGAGCCGCACAGAAGCGUCUAAGUCCGCCCUAUUUGGCCAUUCCCAUCGCCUGGUUCAGCUGUGAGUCGUCGGGCCAGAAGAAUUGCCAGUCCUCCAAUUCCGCGGCUAUCAACAGUGCCGCCCAGUCCUUGAGCGAGGGCUAUCUGUGCGACGAUGAUUGCGAUGAACUGUACGAGCCCAUCUGCGGCAAGACCUCCUCAGAGGUGGCCGUUUUCUACAACAAGUGCAAGCUGGGUGUAGCCAAGUGCCGAUCCCACGGUCUUUGGACGGACUUCCCCUAUGCCGAGUGCCAGGAGAAAUAUCCGCAGGAAACUGCCUAUGCCGACAAGAAGUUCCGGUCAUCACCUUAUUUCCGCGAUGCGGCCAUCGUGGAGCAAUUAAAGCUGGAGGAGGAGAAGUGUAAGCUGGAGGAGGAGCAACACAAGUUGGAGAAGGAGCAGAAAAAGAAGGUGAAGGCUGAGAAAAAGAAGAACGAGAAGGACAGCAGCGAAAGCAGCGAAGAGAAGGAUGAACAAAAGGAGAACAAGCAGAAGGAUCCCCUAUCCCUGAUUCCACAGAAACAAGUGGAGUCUCCCCAGAAGCCAGUGCCAGUUCCUGUUCAAGUAGCAGUUCCAAAACCAGUUUCAGUUUUGGAGCCUGCAAAGACGACAGAGGACAUCGCUAUGCCCCCUAUGCCACUGAAGGACACUCCCACGCCCAAACCUCUGGAGAUCGCGCCCCUUCACCAGCAGAUUCAACCCAAGGGCAAGGACAAUGAUAGGCUCAAGUACCAAGUAGCUUAGAAAGAAAUGCCUAUACAAAUCUCAACUAAUUAUAGUAUUUAUUUAAUUUAUUACAACAAAUAAAGUUCUAAAAAACUAUAA